CUCCCCUCAGCUGGGUCAGGCGUUUAGCCCACUCCUGGAUGUUUCUCAUUUUCUUCUGCCAGAGAGGAGGACACGAUGCAGGACAGGUUUCCUUUACCGGACAAAGAAGCCGAGCGGAACUGUUGUUUCCCGGAACCGGAUACUUGUUUCCUAGCGGAAUUCGGAGAGCAACACCCGGGGCAAGAUGGUGGCCGGCCUUCGGCCGCUGCUCCAGGUUUGGUCCUAAUCAGGGGUGUCGGGUUGAGGCGACGUCAGCUGCGGCCCGGACCCCGAGCGCCGGGGCCUCAAGCGGAUAAAGAUCUCCGGCCUCCGGAAAAACCAAUUCCUGUGAAGUGAGAGGCAGCACAAGGUCCCUGAUGGUCACUUAGCAUCUCUGCUGUCUACGCAGGUCCUCAGGGUUUGUGUCAGUUUGCAAAAAUGUUCACCGUAUCUCAGACCUCCAGAGCAUGGUUCAUUGACAGAGCCCGGCAGGCACGAGAAGAGAGGCUGGUGCAGAAGGAGCGGGAGCGUGCGGCUGUGGAGAUACAAGCCCUUGUCCGCAGUUUCCUCUGCCGGAGACAACUGCAGAGAGCCAUCAGGAGAGAAAUUGAUGAGUUUUUUAACACAGAUGACUCUGGGUCCAGUAAAAGAAGCGCACUUUGUAUUUUUAAGAUUGCCAGGAAACUGCUAUUCUUAUUCAAAACUAAAGAAGAUAGCGAGAGAUUGGAGAAAUUGUGCCGUUACAUCUUGAGCAGCAUGGAUGCUGAGAAUGAGCCAAAGGUAUGGUACGUGUCCCUGGCUCUUUCCAAGGAUCUCACUCUCCUGUGGAUUAAACAGAUCAAGGGCAUCCUGUGGCAUUGCUGUGAGUUUCUUGAACAGCUCAAGCCAGAAAUCUUACAAGACUCCAGACUCAUCACUCUGUACCUCACCAUGCUUGUCACCUUCACAGACACUUCAACGUGGAAGAUUCUCCGGGGUAAAGGUGAGAGCCUUCGGCCAGCCCUGAACCAUAUUUGUGCAAAUAUAAUGGGCCAUCUCAAUGUGCAUGGAUUUUACUCCGUGUUACAGGUACUGUUAACCCGAGGUUUGGCCAGAUCCCGACCCUGUCUGUCCAAAGGCACCUUAACAGCAGCUUUUUCUCUGGCAUUGCGCCCUGUGGUUGCUGCACAGUUCUCAGACAAUCUGAUGAGGCCAUUCCUUGUCCAUGUCAUGUCGGUGCCUGCUCUCGUGACUCAUCUCAGCACAGUGACCCCUGAGCGUCUCAGUGUUUUAGAAUCUCAUGAUAUGCUUCGUAAAUUCAUCGUAUUUCUAAGAGACAAAGACCGGUGCCGUGACAUCUGUGAAAGUCUAGAAGGAUGCCAUACCCUGUGUCUAAUGGGCAACCUCCUAUACUUGGGCUCCCUCAGCCCCAAAGUGUUAGAGGAAGAGACAGAUGGGUUUGUGAGCUUGCUCACCCAGAUGCUCUGCUACUGUCAGAAGUAUGUGUCCCAGAAGAAAUCCAACCUGACCCACUGGCAUCCUGUCCUUGGCUGGUUUUCCCAGUCUGUGGACUAUGGCCUCAAUGAGUCCAUGAGCCUGAUCACCAAGCAGCUGCAGUUCCUGUGGGGGGUGCCUCUCAUCCGGAUCUUCUUCAGUGACAUCCUCAGCAAGAAGCUGCUGGAGCACCCCGAGCCAGCCCCUGUGCAGCCAUCAUCCCCACAGAAUGUGCUCCCAGUAAAGAGUCUCCUCAAGCGUGCAUUUCAGAAGUCUGCUUCGGUUCGCAACAUCCUUAGGCCUGUUGGGGGUAAACGUGUGGACUCUGCUGAGGUCCAGAAGGUUUGCAGCAUCUGUGUCCUCUACCAGACCUCGCUGACAACUCUGACCCAGAUCCGCCUGCAGAUACUCACAGGCCUCACUUACCUUGAUGAUCUGCUGCCCAAGCUGUGGGCAUUUAUCUGUGAGCUGGGACCCCAUGGAGGAUUAAAGCUCUUUCUAGAAUGCCUCAAUAAUGACACUGGGGAGUCCAAGCAGCUCUUGGCCAUGCUGAUGCUGUUCUGUGAUUGUUCCCGGCACCUCAUCACGAUCCUCGAUGACAUCGAAGUUUAUGAAGAACAAAUUUCAUUUAAACUGGAAGAACUGGUCACCAUCUCUUCUUUCCUGAAUUCCUUCGUGUUUAAAAUGAUUUGGGAUGGAAUUGUAGAGAGUGCCAAGGGUGAAACCUUGGAGCUGUUCCAGUCCGUCCAUGGGUGGCUGAUGGUGCUGUAUGAGCGGGACUGCCGGCGGCGCUUUGCUCCAGAAGACCACUGGCUGCGAAAAGACCUCAAGCCUAGUGUGCUCUUCCAAGAACUUGACAAGGACCGCAAGAGGGCUCAGCUGAUCCUGCAGCACAUCCCCCAUGUCGUCCCUCACAAGAAUAGAGUUCUCCUGUUCCGAAAUAUGGUUACUAAGGAGAAAGAGAAGCUGGGGCUUGUGGAAACCAGCUCCGCCUCUCCUCAUGUUACUCACAUCACUAUCCGAAGGUCCCGGAUGUUGGAGGAUGGUUAUGAACAGCUCCGGCAGCUCUCCCAGCAUGCCAUGAAGGGCGUGAUCCGGGUGAAGUUCGUCAAUGACCUUGGGGUGGAUGAGGCCGGGAUCGACCAGGACGGUGUCUUCAAGGAGUUCUUGGAAGAGAUCAUCAAAAGGGUGUUUGACCCAGCACUCAAUCUGUUCAAGACAACCAGUGGGGAUGAGAGGCUCUACCCCUCGCCCACGUCCUACAUUCAUGAGAAUUACUUGCAGCUCUUCGAGUUCGUGGGGAAGAUGCUGGGAAAGGCUGUGUACGAGGGAAUUGUGGUAGAUGUGCCCUUCGCCUCCUUCUUUCUGAGCCAGAUGCUUGGCCAUCACCACAGCGUCUUCUAUAGCUCUGUGGAUGAACUUCCUUCACUGGACUCAGAGUUUUAUAAAAACCUCACUUCUAUCAAGCGCUAUGAUGGUGACAUAGCCGACCUGGGCCUGACGCUGUCUUACGAUGAGGAUGUCAUGGGUCAGCUUGUCUGCCACGAACUAGUUCCUGGAGGGAAGACCAUUCCUGUUACAAAUGAAAAUAAAAUUAGCUACAUCCACCUGAUGGCCCAUUUUCGAAUGCACACUCAAAUCAAAAACCAGACAGCUGCUCUCAUUAGCGGCUUCCGUUCCAUUAUUAAGCCUGAGUGGAUCCGAAUGUUCUCUACCCCUGAGCUGCAGCGUCUCAUCUCCGGGGACAACGCUGAAAUUGAUCUAGAAGAUUUAAAGAAGCACACGGUGUACUAUGGUGGCUUUCACGGAAGUCACAGAGUCAUCAUUUGGCUCUGGGAUAUUCUGGCCUCUGACUUCACGCCCAAUGAGAGAGCCAUGUUUCUGAAGUUCGUGACCAGCUGCUCCAGGCCCCCACUCCUGGGCUUUGCCUACCUCAAGCCUCCGUUCUCCAUUCGCUGUGUGGAAGUGUCUGAUGAUCAGGACACUGGGGACACCCUAGGCAGCGUCCUCCGGGGCUUCUUCACCAUCCGCAAGCGGGAGCCCGGUGGGCGUUUGCCCACCUCUUCCACUUGCUUCAACCUGCUCAAACUGCCCAACUACAGCAAAAAAAGUGUCCUCCGAGAGAAGCUACGCUACGCCAUCAGCAUGAACACAGGCUUCGAACUCUCCUAGCCUCCACCCCAGUCUCACCUACCUGCCCUCCAGAGCACCAAGGCUUCCAGGGCCCUUCAGCUCCUGGAGGCAGCAUGCCCCUGGGAGUGUGGCCAGUGUACCAGGUAACUUUGGCCUCCAGACCCUCUCAAUAGCCAUGAGACACCCCUCCCCCCCAGGUAGCCUUGAACUUGAACUGCACUUGGCCCCACUGCACAGCAUCCUCAGAUGAUGUGGCCAGGGAGGGACUGUUAAAAAUAAACCUCCGGUUCCAUCCAUAUGGGUCUUCUUCCUACUUUGCAGGGGCCCUGAGGCCAGGGCCUAAUGAUUGCAGAGGGGCUUCUUCCUGGUAGUUUGGUCUUUCUGUGAGGCUUUCUUCCCUUACCCGGUACUCUGAGUGAACCAUGUAUAGACAAGGCCCCAGGACUGCAAGAGUCUACAGUAUUUCCCAGGGUAGGGUUCUGAGCACACAAAGCCUGAUGCCAAUGAGGUCCUCGCCUUCUGUUCUGAAAAUUUUUCUCAGGUUAAAGCCUUGCCAAGCCUCUAUGCACGACAGAGCCCCUGCCUCCACCCUGUCCACAACAGCCUCUUCCCAGGCAACUAGACCUAGAUGCUACCAGGGAAGCCGCUGAGCACAGCAAGUUCAGGGUCUCAUGUAUUCCACACCACAGCCCUCCCUCCUGCGUCCUCAGCAGACCAAACUGUCAGAGAGCCCUUGCUGGCUAGCCCCUGGCCUGUGCAUUCUCAGUGUCCUAGCUUGGGAGAGAAGCUUGCAGCUCUUGGAAAGCAGCCCCAUUUCUGGCUGGUACUUGGAGCCUGUUCACCUUUUGUGUCUGCCUUCCCCAUUAUGUUAUGGGAAACCCACAGGAGCCUAAGGCACCCAACCCUCUGGGUAGUGCUUUACUCUUCAUACAGCAAAGCCUGAUUUUCCUCAUUACAGGAGCCCUUUGCACUGACAGGCCCAGAGGAUAUCCCAUAACCCUAGACCUGAGGCUAUCCCAUACCCCCCCAUUGGUUCCCCUCUCAUUUUCUUUUUGACUUCCCUUUUUCAACCCAUUAUGCUCCUGGGCCGUCCUUUCCUCCCUUAUCAUAAAAACUUUCUCCAGAUCCAAGAAGUUGAGGCAGAGGCCCUGGGGUGAGAGGUCUACAAGCAGUCAUGUGUCUCCCACUUUGUGAAACUUCUGUUUCCCCACCACCUAGGUGGAAGCCAGAGUGCCGGCCAGGAGCCCUGGUCCUUCCUCCACUCUGUGGCACUGGCUGAGAGUUUACAGCACUCUUCCAGGCAGAGGAACACCUUUAGCAGAAUCCUGCAUGCUAUGGGAAAGCAGGCACAUCUAUUUCUGCUUUGUGGGGGAGCUGUGGCUAGAGCUGGUGUCAGCUGAGGAAGGUCCCUGGGCUUCUGGAGAAUGUCCCAUGCUUCACCUGGAAAGAUGGUGAGGAAUUUAAACAAAUACCCGACUCCUUGGAAUAUGUCUGCCAACCACGUGUAUACCCAGCUUGUCUACAGGUACUGGACCUAGUUGACUUGGCCUGUAUAGAUAAGAUGGACCAGUCUUGAUUUUUCUUGCCUAUGAAUCACAGCCAGCAGGGAUUUGAGGAGAGAGUAAGUUAUAAGCACCAAUUUCAACUUAAUCUAUUUUUUCUCUUGACAAGGAGGGGUCAUUUGUCGUUUACUUAAAUUCUUCCCAGCAGUUACAAUAUUGCACUAUCUAAAACACCAAGUCUGUACUUUUAUAGCUGGUGUUCAUGGACACCCUGGUGGCUCUUGACAGCUCUGAAAUGUUCUGGGAUUUCUGUUUUUGUAGGUAACUUAAGGAUUAAGACAUGUCAAAGGCUUUAUUAAAUUUGUACUUGAGUA